AUGGUCACAGAUGGAGAGAACAAAGAUGACCUGAAGGCCGAGACCGGAGGAAUGGCACGGUCGGCCGAAAAGGUCAAGGAGGAUCAAACUGAGAAGGGAAAUACCGAAGUCAGCCAAAAGGUCACCGAAGGUGGUGGCGCCGUCAGCAGCGACAUGCUGAUUGACGAAGGAAAGGUCAAACAGGAUGACCUUUCGGAUAACUCACUGUUCCUACAAGAACAGCUGGAAGAGAAUGGUAACAGCCCCAUGUCAAGUGACAAGUUCUACACUGAUGACGAGGACGAAACGACGAUACGAACAUCUUUCCAUACGGCCUUGAAAGAAGCCAGUAUAACAAAAGAGAUGUUCGAAACGACCAUUCAAGACAGGCUAGAAGAGACCUUCGAAGGGACGGCGUCAGGAAAGGCCGACGACCGGGACCAAAGGUCACCAUCACCAAAAACAUCGGUACUAAACGGAUUAAAGCAACGAGUAAAGGAGCUUGAACGACUACUCGACGAGAAAGAAGAACAAGCGUUUGCCGCGAUACGAGAUCAACGUAACAAAACCUUUGAGGCGGAGGCCAGAUUGAGUGUGACGGAGGACGAAGUGCAACACUGGAAGGUCAAAUUUGAAGUCCAGAAGCAAGCCGCAGAAGAUCUUAAGAAAAUGGUUGAAGAUCGAGACACGAGAGGAACACUCACCGACGAAGACAAUGAAUUGUCCGAGGAGUUAAAGGUCAAGGAAGUUGAGAAGAAACGUGAUGAAUCCUUGUCGAAUGCGACAAAAUUCACAGGAAAGAUCACUAGCCUUACAGCAGACAACUCCAAGUUGAAAGACGAGCUCAAAUCACUUGAAGAAAAUAAUAAAACGCUCCAAACAGAAUUACAAGACACGAGAAAGAAGCGACACGAAGCAGAGAGCCAACGAGAGCAAGUAGCGAAGGAACUGCUCGAACUGGCAGAAAAAACGAAAACCGAAUUCAAACGUAUCAAUGAUGAAGUCGAGAACCAAAAGAAAGAAGCAAAGAAGUGGCUGAAACAAGCACAACUUUGUGACGAACGGGUCACUGUGCUAGAGGUCGCAAAUGGAGAAGGGCGAAAAGAAAACGAAAAACAAAAAGCAGAAAUCAUAAAACUCAGCGAUGAACUCGUGGAACUGGCCACUAUAGUUAUGGAAAAGGAUGAUAAAAUCAAGGAGCUUGAAACAGUCAAAGAGGAGUGCGAAGCGAGAGGAAGGACCCUCGCAGAUAGAGCGGAUCGUAUCACACGGUUGGAAGCAGAAGCUGAUAUCCUAAAAGCAGCAAAAAUGGAUCUCGAUAAGACUCUCGAUAACCGAGCAAGUACAAUCCUCGAGCAAAUGAGAAAGGUCACCGAAGCAAACAACGAUUAUGAGAAGCUCAGGAAAGACGCAAACGAAACCGUAAAGCAGCUGCAGCAGACAGUCAAACAAAGAGAGGAAGAAAUUAAAACUUUAAAACGGUCGGCAAAACAAAAGGAAGGAGAGGCAACACAGCCGGAACGGAUCGAAUCUCCACCCCCCGGAUAUGGCGAAGUCCACACCGUCGAAGGUAGCUUCCAUUUCCAAGCUCCCUUAAAGACGGGUACUGGCCGACGCGACGGCCAUGAUGAAGAUAAGGUCAAAGCUGAAAAGGUCACCGACGAUACUGAGUUGGCGAAGGGGCACUCAGGACCGAUCGGUGGGGUCAAUCCUCGGCAACAAGAAACAGGACCGAGGGAAACAAUCGUCUACAAAUCUGACCAUCAGCCAGACAAUCAUGAAGAUCCACGAGUUCGCCAAAACGAGCAGGAAAGGGUAGCUCGUGAAGAGGAGAGGCGAGAAAGAGAAUACCGCGCGGAAUACCACGCUGAAGCACAGCGACUCCGUCGCGAAGAACGGGAAUUCAGAGGUUACAUGAGAGCCAUGGCCCGGAAAUCCGCGUUGAUCGACUACAACGGCAACCGAGAAGCUUUACUUGGUUGGAUCCGUCAGGUCAAGGAGACUCAGAAGACGUAUGACCUUUCGGAUGCAGCAAUGAUGCUGGAAGUCGCCAACGCAGUCAAAGGGGACGCGAAGGCAUGGUUUGACGCGGAAAGAGAAAUCGAUGACGAAGAAGAGGCGGAAGAGUUAACCGUCGAUGAAUGGAUGACAAAGUUCAAAGAACAUUUCGGCGAUCGUGACGAAGGGGUCAACGCCUUAAGAGAAGCAAUGACGAGAAAGUUUGAGGCUGGCAAAGAAACGCUUGACCAGUUCUACCAGGCGAUCAUGCGCUUCAAAUCGAAACGGAUCAUAACUGAGAAGCAGGCCAUUGGAUUCCUGAUUCAAGGAUGUAAGAAUGACAGUGACCUUUAUAAGGCACUUCGCGCACAGAAAUUCCAUAACCCCAUGGACAUCAAGGAAUUCUUCCGUACAUGGUCGACUGGCGAAGAAAAGGAAUGGCUCAAGGGAAUCCGGGCUUUGCCGGCCAAGGAUUCAACGGUGGCUGAGGAAAUCAAGGAAACUUCCGACCGAACCGUGGACAAGGAAAUCAAGGACCACGAUACGGGUCGCGAGUAG